GAAAUCCUGAAAUCCUAUUUGGAUACACACGCGUUGUGCCGGAUAAAAGAAUGCAUUCUCCGGUAUGCUCUGGGGAAAGGAGGAGCUCGGGGAGCUCUGCGUGUUGGCCAAACGGACGAUUGUGGCCUACAUCCGCAUGGCUGCCACGGUGAUCAUCGCCGUGGUGGUCCGGCUCUGCUUGGAUUGCGUGGGGCUGAUUCUGACGCGGCAAGAUGCGCCGUCGGCGGGCUUUUGGUUUGCGCAUUGCCACAAGGAUGGCACUUGUGUGCUGACGGGUAUCUUGUUGUUCUUCCUCUCCUUGGCGGUUUGUUCUCUCUUCGGCUGGGCCUGUCAGGAUUGGAUCACCGAUCCCCUGCGCAAUCCUUUUGCCAGGAAGUUCUCCUUCUCCAUCAUGGUGGACGCGGCCACCUGGAUCCCCAUCUCGGUGGCCGUGGGCAAGACCAACGCGUUGGUCGAGUGGUUCAUGGACGUGGCGCAGGACAACCUUGCGCAGGUGCUGCCGGCCCCACUUCUCCGCUUGAGCGAUUGGCGGACGCUAGUGUCUUCCUGUCUUGCAGCCUUGCUGACCUUUAGCUGCGCAGUCUUGACCCAUUUGGCCAUGAAAUACUGCAGAGGGGUUGCUGACACCAAAGGAGAAGGUCUCCGUGGCUUUUUGCGAUUUUUCCUGCUGGCGACCAUUACGUGCCUGGGUUGGGCAGUGGCCUGGAGCAACUGGGAGCUAGUGUUGUCCCUCAUGGACGCGCUGGAGCCAGAUCGUCCGGACCACGACCUGACCCUGGUCCGCGUGGUCAUUGCAGUCUGCCUGGUUUUAAGCAUUUGCUUUUACCUCAGGUUUGGGCCUGAGCCCAUUAUCCCGGAUCCCCAACUUCAACAUCUUUGCUACGCUCAGGGCUAUAGUAGCUCUGUCCAGCGAUCUUUUGUGUCCUACAUCGUUUACUCAUGUGUGGUCUGCAUGGUGAUGGUUUGCUGUGAUCCGAACUAUGGCCUGUUGAUUGCACUGGCCAGUUGGGUCUACUCAUCGACGUCAUCCAUGUUUGAUGCACAGGCGCUCUUCGUGCUGUGCAGCCUUGCGGUGCUGGUGACCUUAUUGAGCGCAUUAUGCUCUGCUGGCAUCACUUGGGCAUUCGAGGUGGAUGCACUGACCUCGAUGCGUUUGUCACGCUCGGUAAAUGAUGCAUGUGCAAAGAUGGUCAACCGCAGGAGAUCACAGUUCGGCGAGAUGCUGUCGCAGGUCCAAAAGGCUGGCAGCGAUGCUUGCUUGAUGGAGGCAGAAAUGGAGGACGUCAAGGAGGCUCAUGGCCCACGUUGCCUCUACAAGUCCAUGUCAGAUGAGGAAGCUCUGUCCGAAGUGGAGUCGGAGCGGCAGCUGCGACUGAAUCCGGGUUCCAUCUCCAGCACCAUCUGCGCGUCCGUGCUGGUUUACGAUGUGCUGGGUUUCGUGGUGUGCUUCCAGUGGGGAAUGCUAGUUGUGCGCGGCUACUCAGUGGUCUUUGGCCGGAUUGCUGCAAGGCACACAGCUUUCUACAUAGGGUCUUGCCUGAUCUAUGCUUCUGCUGUGGUGGUUGCAAUCAGCCGCCUCGUAUUUUGUUUGUUCCCUUCGGCGGAGGAGCGCCUGGCUGCGGAGGUGCUACAAGAGACAUCUUCCCGCAGGCUCUCGCUUUGGAGAGACGCCCCACAAGGCUCAGCGGAGUCUUGCCAGGAGCUUAGCCAAAAUCUGACCCCAGAGCCUGGCAACGCUUGAAGCGUUUUCCGCCCACCGGUGGGGAGAAAGACCCUUAAAUCCACAACUCAGUCGUGCCUUGAGAUAGUUAGAAGAAUAGGGGGAUAUCAUUUUGUAGGUGGAUGUAAGAUGAUGUAAGCUGUUUUGGGGGCACAUUACUCAUAGCAUACGUAGCAACAUCACAGACAUGUCUACUAGAGGUGAUGUUCACAUUCUUUCUGCAGGAGCCGUUGUUAUUGCAAGCCAGCGUGCAGCAUGCACAUAGAACACCUCCAUGUGGGCAUGGAGGUGGCUGGUCAUGAAGAUGGUAACACCAAAACUCCUCGUGUACCGGUCUCAGCCACAAGUCACCUGUCAGAGUCAGAAUGCUGUGCCUUUCAUUGCUUUUUCACUCGUCCUUUUUCCCAACAGGCAUGGUUCAUUUCCAGUGUACAGCUGUGCGGAAAGAGCUGGCUUUCCGGGUCACUUGGACCACCAGGUUUGGCGUUUGACGAAGACAUGUUUCAGUCGUCGCAGGCUACCCGUUUGUUGACCGCCCGACA